CAUAACGACGUGGCCUUUGGGCUUCCUCAAGAUACUCAAUAGCGUUAAACCCGCGGACUAUCUCUGCUCUAGCCUAUAAAAACCCCACACCUCUCUCACAUUUCCACCACAUCUUAUUCCUUGCUUCCAAUUCUGAUCAAUAUAUCAAGCAUUUUGAGUACUUUGUUCAAUAUAUUCGUUUAAUAGUAAUCUCUAUUCGCGUUUAAUUUGAUAAUUUGUUGAGUUGAAAUGGCUGAGGAAUACAACCACAACGAGCCCCACCACCACGAGGCAGCCGCGGAGGAGAAGAGCCGAGAUCAGUACGGCGAGACAGCCGUGCCAGCUGCGAAGGAGGACAAGAGCAAGGAUCAGUACGGCGAGACGACUAUCAUUACGGAAGUCGAUGAGGUGGCGCCAGUGGCACCUGUAGAAACCAAGGAUCGGGGGUUGUUUGACUUCUUGCGGAAGAAAGAUCAGGAAGAGGAGCACAAGAAGCCUCAAGAUGAAGAGGAGGUGAUCGUCACCGAAUUUGAAAAAGUGAAAGUUUCUGAGCCGGAGCCGGAGACGAAAGAAUGCAAAGAGGAAGAGAAGAAGGAUGGGUUGUUGACGAAGUCCAGUAGCAGCUCAAGCUCUUCGAGCGAAGAGGAAGGAGAGGGAGGCGAAAAGAAGAAGAAAAAGAAGGGCUUGAAGGAGAAAAUCGAGGAGAUCAAAAUAGCAGGAGAUAAAGAGGAAGAACAAGAAGCGAAAAUAGAGAAACACGAAGAAAAGGACAAUUCGGUCCCCGUAGAGGUGUACGAAGAGGCGGUGGUCACGACUAGUCCACCAGCUGAGGAGAAGAAGGGAUUCCUCGAGAAGAUCAAGCAGAAGCUUCCAGGACAGAACAAAAAGAGUGCCGAAGAGGUACUCCCUCCUCCUAGUACUCCUCCUCCGCCAUCUGACGUGGAGUACGUGGAACCGGAGCCGAAGGAGAAGAAGGGUAUCCUGGAAAAGAUCAAAGAGAAGAUUCCAGGGUACAAGACUGAAGAAGAAAAGCAAAAGGAAAAGGAAAAGGAGGGCACACCAAAUUAAGCACAGAUGAUCAGUCAUGAUUUGCUUUUGUUAUGUUGAUAAGUUAUGGGUAUGUUUAUGUGUUUUUUCAUCAUCUGUUUUGUUUUGAUUGAAAGGACACCAAAUUAAGCACAGAUGAUCGGUCAUGAUUUGCUUUUGUUAUGUUGAUAAGUUAUGGGUAUGUUUAUGUGUUUUUUCAUCAUCUGUUUUUGUUUUGAUUGAAAGUGUACAAGUACUUCUAUCUGUGCUUAUUAUGUAUAAGUUUGUUUCGAGUU